AUGGCGAAACCCUCCUCGAGGCGGCCGCACAGCUCCUCGAGCCUCGGGGCCUACAAUGCCGUACGGACGACGGCUCUCGGCCUGGCCAAGGUCAUGUCCCUCGGGAUUUCUGCCGCCUCGGCCGCCCCUCUCGCUGCUCUCGAGCACAAGGACAACGAUGACCCGGAUGGCGAGGGCACGCCCAUGUGGAUCCUGCUGGUUGCGUCGAUGAUUCUGGUGCUGCUCGGCGGUGCCUUUGCCGGAUUGACUAUCGCGCUCAUGGGACAAGACGGUAUCUAUCUACAAGUUCUUGCGCGCGACGAGACCGAGCCACAACACAAGAACGCAGGAAGGGUAUUCAGACUACUACAGAGAGGAAAGCACUGGGUGCUCGUGACGCUGCUUCUUUCCAACGUAAUUGUCAACGAGACGCUGCCCGUCGUCCUGGACCGAUGCUUGGGAGGAGGUGUUGCCGCCGUCGUCGGCAGUACAUUCCUGAUUGUCAUCUUUGGCGAGGUUCUGCCCCAGUCUGUCUGCGUACGAUACGGCCUCCCCAUCGGCGGCUACAUGUCCAAGCCCGUCCUUCUGCUCAUGUGGCUUAUGGCUCCCAUCGCCUGGCCCACCGCCAAGCUCCUCGACUGGGUCCUGGGCGAGGACCACGGCACCGUCUACAAGAAGAGUGGUCUCAAGACUCUAGUCACCCUGCAUCGCUCUCUCGGCGAGGUCUCCGAGCGGUUGAACCAGGACGAAGUCACCAUCAUCAGCGCCGUGCUCGAUCUCAAGGAGAAGCCCGUUGAGAACGUCAUGACACCCAUGGAAGAUGUCUUUGUCAUGUCCGAGGACACGGUCUUGGACGAGAAGAUGAUGGACUUGAUUCUCUCCGCUGGCUACUCGAGAAUCCCCAUCCACGAACCUGGCAAACCCACCAACUUUGUCGGCAUGCUGCUCGUCAAAAUCCUCAUCACCUACGACCCCGAGGAUGCCAUGCGCGUCCAAGACUUCCCCCUCGCCACUCUGCCUGAAACUCGACCGGAGACCAGCUGCCUGGACAUUGUCAAUUUCUUCCAGGAGGGCAAGUCGCACAUGGUGCUGGUGUCUGAAUACCCUGGCGAGGACCACGGAGCUCUCGGUGUUGUCACGUUGGAGGACGUCAUCGAGGAGCUGAUUGGAGAGGAGAUCAUUGACGAAUCAGAUGUGUACAUUGAUGUUCACAAGGCCAUUCGACGUCUCGCCCCGGCACCUCACGCACGUAUACAGCGACGCCACUCGCAGAUUGGCGACGAGAACGGUAAAUCUAGCAAUGUCGUCGACGGAAAAGGCCAGGAAAAUGGUGAAGCUGCGCCCAUGAAUCGGAGUCAAUCGGCCGAGACUCGGCCUCUGUCCAGCAGCCCUCAGGCUGGUGGUACCUUCUUGACGCGGCGCAGCUCUGUUGGUCUCGACGGUCAGCCGUCUGGGGCGGGUGUGUCUGUCCGGGCGAAUUUGGAUGAUCUACGACAACAUCUCCGCCAUCUCGGCCCCUCGAAUCCUGCCCACAAUCCAAAGAACACGGCCUCAAAGACAGUCAAGGUCAAGCCUGGCAUCCCAGCUUCCGCCAGUACCGGGAGCAAUGUCGCUUCUUCGAAGAAGCCUCUCCAGGGAGAGGUCAUCUACGAGACCCAUCGCAACGACUAUCACCACGACCAUGACGAAGCUGACGAGUCGGCUCCUCUACUACGCCCGCCGCUGACCGCUAAGGAUGGAGUGCAGGCUCUUCACCAGAGCUACGGUUCCGCGAGACCACCGUCUUUCACCAGGUCCCCCGAGUCACGACCUGCUCUGACAGUGGAUAUCGAAGAUGUCGCCAUCAUCGAGACCCACGACCAUGCCACACAGACGACCAAGUCCGCCACUGCGACCCCGGCGGCGGAGAGCCCUGACGCAAGCGGAAGCCCGAACUCCGAGCUGGAGGAAGUACAGCGGUCGGCCCGGAGGUUAGGUGUGCGCAGCGGUAGCAUCACUGAGAACGUGGUCGAGUCUAGGGGCAUCCGCAAGGUGGUGCUCGAGGCGCACAGCUCGACCGAGGACGACGGCGACGAGGCGGCCUACCCGCACCAUCACAUGUCCGGGGUCUGGAGCCCCGGCGGACAGCACGCCGCCCGCAGUAAUAAGAGCUCGGGCAGUCUGAUCAGCGGUGGCAACGGCAGCGUUUCCGCCGUGGAGGAGGAGGAGGAGGAGGAGGAAAACGAAGGGUCGUCCGGCGGGAGCAAGACCGGAUACUCUCCGGCGGCAAAGGAGAACAACAAGCCUGGCGAGCAGAGUAGUAGUGGUGCUGGUGCUGGAGGUGCUGGAGGAGCAGCUAAGAAGAAGAACAGGAGGAAGAAGAGGAAGGGCAGCAAGUCGCGGAGCGGAAUAAGGAGUUUUGCUCUCCAUGACCAUAUCUUCCCGCUCCAGCCACCCCACGAGCUCCUUGACCAGCCCGGGCCCAGCACAGACAUAGUACUUCCUCCGUCCAUGCUGCCGCGCCUUGCCGUCCUUGUAUUCCAACACGUCCUCCCUGGUCAACCGGCCAGUCUUGAUGCUCCCCGUGCCGAGCUCCUCCAGCGUCUGGAGGAGACCCGCCUCCCACUCGCCGCCGGCCCUGGCGGCUGCCCCGGUCACGAACAACGUCGUCGCCCCGGCCAGCCCCGGGAUCCGCCUGAACGCGUCGACCGCCAACCCGAGGUCCUCGGCCCGCAGGGCCCAGAGGAGCCGCAGCGACGACCGACCCGCCGCCGCCGCCAGGACCCCGGGCGCCUGCGCCAGGAGGGGUGUGAUGCCCACGCCGCCCGUGACGUAGACGUGCUCGCACACCUCACCCGCUUCUUCUUCUUCUUCUUCUCCUUCUGCACCCGUGGUGGCCGUCGUUGUGGGGAUGGGGAUGCGGAACGCCUCCUCGCCGCCGAAGCCGAGGACGGGCACCUCGAGCCCGGCGCGCGGGUUCCGCGAGAACAGCCAGCCCGUCACGGGGCCGUGCCUGCGCACCGUGAUCUCGAACUCUGCGGUGGACGUCGUCAUCACACCGCCUUUCGCUGGCGGCGGUGGGGGAGGGGGAGGCGCGGCGCCACUGCUGCUGCUGCUGCUACUGUUGCUGCUGCUGCUGGAGACGGUAAACGUGCGGAUGUAGUCGUCGUUGAGGCUCUGCGGGUCGUCGUCCCGCAUGUGGCUGUACCCGGCGUCCAGGUCCUCCGAGAAGUCCAUCGUGACGUGCUGGCCCGGCAGCCAGGUCGGUAUGCUGUUGCUGCCGCUGCCGCGGACUCCUUCGAGCCGGAACGAGAACCGCGCGAUGCUGGGCGUCAGCACCUCCUUCUUGGUCAGCGUCGCCGUCGCCACGCCCGCCACCGCCGCUCCCGCACCGGACGCCCCUUCGGACGCGAGCUUCCGCACGGGAGGGCUGUAGGGGCUGAAGUCGACGGGCCCGCCGCCGCGGAAGGGCAAGCCGUCGGCCACGAAGCGGGCCUCGCGCACGUCGAUGCGGACGGCCAGCCUGGCGCGCGGCAGGUACGCCGCGGCCCGGUCGCCGACGAGGACGGCCGCCUCGCCGGUGAGGUAGAGCACGUCGCCCGAAUCAAAGUCGGGCACGGCGACGCCGACCUGCGGGCGCACGUGCAGGUUGCCGAGCGUCUGGUAGAGCCGGUUGCCCGAGAACUCCGGGUAGACGAGCGCGACGCCUCCUCCUCCUCCCGGCCCGUCGUCGUCGUUGCGCGCGACGCGCACGAACCCGGCCCCGCCGCCGCGGUGGUUGACGUCCAUGGUGCGGCCGUCGGUCGACGAGAGGAAGAAGAGGUCCGCGCGCGCGAGCAGGGCGACGGCCGCGGGCGGCAGCGGCAGGGCGUCGGACACGAGGCGCGGGGCCGGGACGUGCGGCCUCACGGCGCGCCGGUUGAGGUACUUGGGGCAGUUGCCCAGGCUGCCCUCGACCAGCAUCGCGAGCUGCACGUCGGCCAGCGCCUUCUCGCCGUCACCGCUGCCGCCGUCACCGCUCGUCUCCGCCAGCGCGCCCGCCAGCAGCCGGCCCUCGAGCUUGACCCUGUCCCUCGUCUCGAGGUCGAUGCUCAGCCCGGCCAUGAGCUGCCGCCGCUCCCCGCCGUCCCGGGGCGGCCUCACCGCCAGCGCGCCGUCGGCCUCCCUCUCGGCGCCGGCGAACAGCGCCCGCAGGACGGGGUCGUACCGCGCGUCGACGGCGCGGCCGGACACGCCGAGCACGCCCGGCGGCGCGAGGGGCUGCAU